UGACCGACAUUGACAUAUAGGCGCUACUUUCGCUGCUUGCUGCUUGUAGUCCGUUAACAUCAGUCUGAUGCUGCAAACCCUGCUUAUUAAAAAACUAAAUUAAUAGCGUUUGAUGUAGACAGUCGGAGUGACGGAUUCGAGGGCAACACUGAAAGCACCAGGAUUCUCCCGUCAGGUAUAUUUGACUGGCAGAAUUAAAACUGGCUGAGAUGGAUGAGCAGAGUGUUGAGAGUAUAGCGGAAGUCUUCCGCUGCUUCAUUUGCAUGGAAAAGCUGCGUGAUGCCCGUCUCUGCCCUCACUGUUCCAAACUGUGCUGUUUCAGCUGCAUACGGCGAUGGUUGACUGAACAGCGAGCUCAAUGUCCCCACUGUCGAGCUCCGCUUCAGCUGAGGGAACUGGUCAACUGUCGCUGGGCAGAGGAAGUGACUCAACAACUGGACACACUGCAGCUCUGCAACCUCACAAAGCACGAGGAGAACGACAAAGACAAGUGUGAGAACCAUCAUGAGAAGCUGAGUGUGUUCUGCUGGACUUGUAAGAAGUGCAUCUGUCACCAGUGCGCUCUGUGGGGUGGCAUGCAUGGAGGUCACACCUUCAAACCCCUGGCCGAGAUCUAUGAGCAGCAUGUGACAAAGGUGAACGAGGAGGUGGCCAAGCUGCGGCGCCGGCUAAUGGAGCUGAUUAGUCUGGUUCAAGAAGUGGAGAGGAACGUCGAGGCGGUGCGUGGGGCGAAGGAUGAGAGGGUAAGGGAAAUCCGGAAUGCUGUGGAAAUGAUGAUUGCUCGUCUUGAUAAUCAGCUCAAGAACAAACUCAUCACACUCAUGGGACAGAAGACCUCUCUGACACAGGAGACAGAACUGCUGGAGUCUCUGCUGCAGGAAGUGGAACAUCAGCUGCGUUCUUGUAGUAAGAGCGAGCUGAUCUCUAAGAGUCCAGAGAUCCUGCUCAUGUUCCAGCAGGUUCACAGGAAACCAAUGCAGUCUUUUGUCACCACUCCUGUCCCACCAGACUUCACCAGUGAGCUGGUCCCUGCCUAUGACUCGAGCACUUUUGUUUUGGCAAACUUCAGUACUCUGCGGCAGAGAGCCGACCCCGUCUACAGCCCCCCGCUCCAGAUAUCAGGACUGUGCUGGAGGUUGAAGGUUUAUCCUGAUGGCAAUGGUGUCGUCCGAGGAAACUAUCUCUCUGUUUUUCUGGAGUUGUCGGCAGGGCUCCCAGAGACGUCCAAGUAUGAAUACAGGGUGGAGAUGGUCCAUCAGGCCUCCAGUGACCCCACCAAAAACAUCAUUCGAGAGUUUGCAUCAGACUUUGAGGUGGGAGAGUGCUGGGGGUAUAACAGGUUCUUCAGGUUGGACCUUCUCGCCAGUGAGGGCUACUUGAAUAUACAGACUGACACUCUUGUGCUGAGGUAUCAAGUGCGAUCACCAACGUUUUUUCAGAAGUGCAGAGAUCAAUACUGGUAUAUAACUCAGCUGGAGUCGGCCCAGUCCAGCUACAUUCAACAGAUCAACAACCUAAAAGAGAGGUUAGCCAUAGAACUGUUCCGGCGGCAGAAGUCGAGGAGUUCCUCUCCACCCGAUCGACGUCUCUGCCCCACGACUUCCUCUGGGAGAGACUCCCGUCAGGGGAAGGGUUCUGCACUGGAGGAAAGAAGUCAGGCAGCCUCAGCGGAGACGAAGGAAGAUGAGGAUGAAGAGAAGACUCCGCAUGAUGACUCUAAUGAGUUGUCUGAUGGGGAUUUGGAGGUGGACUGUCUAACUGGAGAUGAAGAUGUCAAUCCUCUGGACGGUAGCAGCACUUCUGGGAGCUCCACAGCCACCAGUAACACAGAGGAGAAUGACGUUGAUGAAGAGACCAUGUCUGGUGAGAAUGAUGUGGAGUACAGUGGGAAUCUAGACCUGGAGGAAGGUGAAUUACCUGAUGAUGUUGCCGGGGCAACAGGAGGUUCUGGUGCAGGUGCUCGGGGUUCAAAGCGUGGGGCUGGUGCAAGCUCAGCCAGCCUCCUGGAGAUCGACCCGGUCAUCCUCAUCCAACUACUGGACCUGAAGGACCGCAGCCAUGUGGAGUCACUGUGGGGGAUACAUCCCCGUCCCCCUGCCUCUCUCCUCCAGAGCCAAGCUGCUGCAGUGCCCUCUCGUAAAGAGCGUGAGCGUCGGCCUCAGGCAGUGCGUCGGUCAACCCCGGACUCGGGGGUCCUGAUCAGAUUGAAGGCUCAGAUGGCAGAAGUGCGCGGUAAGAUGUCAGAUGUAAAAGGGCAGCUGGAAGCCCGCAGUGGAGUAGGUCGGGUCUCCUCUCUGGGAGCCUCAAACCACGAUCAGGGCCCCUCCGUGGAUUCAGAGAUGGGGCCCAGUCGCAAACCCAGCGAACUGCUCCUCAAAGCACCCAUCUCAUCGCAACACUCUUGGAAUGGAGUGAAGAAGGCUGGUUCUCCUAAGCAGGAAAGCGUGGGAGCUCUAGGUGGACUGUCCCUGCGCAGGGCUCUGGACGCCGGGGAGAAAGAGCUUAGAGGAGCUGGACAAGAGUCCCCUACUGAAGCUGCUCCUUGUCUCAGAGAGGGAUCCUCCUCUUUGGAUGGCUCAUUUAAAGCACGCAGUGUGCAGAGUUCUCCUCCCUCGCUGGGAAGCAGCUGCUGUUCCUCUGAGAAGCCCUCUGGCUCUAAACAUGAGGAACUUCUGUAUGGAGCUUCAGCUUCAGAACUGUUCAGCGUCACAGCUCUCAAUGGAGCAGCCGCUCCCACCACCAAACAGCGCAGAACUCCAGCCGCUGGGUCUGGCCUGCUGAUGGACAGCUCUCUUAACUGUGACCAAGAGUGUGCCGGAGAGAUCCAUCCAUCACUGCUGUCACUGGCUGAGCCGUCAUCCUCUUCCUCCUCACGCCCUGAUGAAGGUGUCCUCGGCCAGAAGCAGCCCCACCAUGUGCUGCCGGGCAUGAGCAGUGACAGUGAGCUGGACUGUGACACGGAGAACGAGAACGAGGAUGAGGAUGAGGAUGAGGUGGUGGCUCUGGAGGCUGGAGACUGUGCAUUUGACACCAGAACUCUACCCUGCCCAGGCGAGCAGCUGACCCCUGAUGAUCUGAGCUUUGUGACGGGAGAGACCACAGAGAGAUGAUCCACCACAGUGUUACAAAAAUGUCUGCAAGUCACAUGAACCUUCCUGUGUCAUCAGGCACAGAAUGUGCUUGUUACAUUACGUCUGUGCACUUACUUUAUAUUCAGAUGUUCAGAACAGGAUUAUGUUUCUAUGUGCUACUGUAUGUGUUAUUUCAGAGAAACUACUUUUGUGAUAGUAAAGGUAUAUAUAUAUAUAUACAUCUACAUAUAUGGAGUAUAUAAAUUUUUUUGCUUUGCAUUGUGAAAUGUGUAACAUUCCGUUAUAAAGCUAGGUGUAUAUAUUUUGUGUGUGCAUAACUAGGUACUCAUAUUACAGUUAUAUACAUAUUCUUUACAUUUGCAAUGCUGCUUAUUAUCAUAAAUUCAUAGAGUUGCCAAACGCCUCUUAGUUUUUUUUAAGUCAAUAACUUGAGGUUUCUAGUGUUUCGGCACAUUGAGUCAAAGAAUGUAAAUACAGGUGCUGCUCUGCUACUUUUUAUGUGACUUCUUAGUGCAGGAUAUAUGUAGAUAUUAGUGAGUGUUUUUGCUGUUGUUUGUUUUUGUUUCAGUUUUAUGUAGCUUGUCUGUGAAAAUAUUAAGCUAUCUAGCACACAAUUCAUAGAUUCCUAUACCUAAAAAGUUUACAUUUGACUAAAUGUCUCCAAAAAGGGAACAUGAAGCCGAUACAAGUUCAAACUAUUUUCUGACUUUCACGGUGAUUGUUUUUAUAUAUUUCAAAUAAGAAGUUAUUUAGCAUUGCACAGCUUUAUUACAAGCACUUAUGAACUUAUUAAUGGUACAUUCCCAUUUUUGCUUGUUUGUUUUAUUUUUGAACUCAUUAAUUCUUAUAAGAUGUCCAAAUAAAAGGCAGUUACAUCCUUAAACCAAA